GUUCACCAGUCUUUUUGUAUGCAAAUAGCCUACUGACAGUAAUAUGCGACAGUCAGCAAUCAGAUGUAAUUUUCUUGUCAUCUAGUUAUCAUGGGGAAUUAUUUAUGAUAGGUUUGUAGCAGCCAUUUUAGUUCAAUCUCUAAAUGCGAUCAUGAACGUAACAGCAUACACUUCUCUUUUUACCAUACUCUCAAUAGCGGAAAUCGAUCUGAUUAGAGAUGUCUUUAAAUAUAAGAAUUUGCAUUUUGGAACAAUAUUUCAUUGUUCAAAACCAGAAAAUGCAAUUUGUCUGCAAAAAAGUCUGAAGAAAAUAGACCUCCGAUUUUCAAGUACCAAGAUGAAUAGCAAUGCUUCACAUCUCAAACAAACAAAUGACAGCAGAGUUGGGAUAGUUCUUAAAACAUCUUGCCAAAACUGGACAAAAGUCUUCGAGCAUUUCGAUUUUAACUUAUUCAAAAAAUCUCUAUACUCAUGGCUUAUUUUUACCGACGACGUAUCUUCUACAUCCGAAGCUUUAUCCAGAUAUCCAAUAGAAGUCGAUUCUGAUGUUACCAUAAUAUCUCGGCAAGAAAAAUCCUAUGAUAUUUUCGAAGUUUACAAUACCGGGUAUUUCACCAACGGGCGUUACCAUGUCGAGCCAGUGGGCUACUGGUAUUAUAAAUUGUGUAUGAAGGGGCACAGAAGGACGAAUCUGGAUGGUAUUGUUUUGAGAAGUGCGGUGGUCGUGACACACGGCAUUGGCCACCAGACGUUUGAGGAGUACAUCAGCCGCUUGAAGCCGGAGGUGGACUCAUUGCAUAAGCUGAAAUAUUUCACGCUUUUGAAUUACUUGAGAGAAAUGUACAACUUCAGCUUGAUAGUCCAACGGACGAACUCCUGGGGCUACGUGACCAACGGCAGCUUCGACGGCAUGGUGGGCACGCUGCAGAGAGGCGAGACCGACGUCGGCGGCACGCCGGUGUUCAUCCGGGCAGACCGCGCCAAGUUCAUACACUACGUCACCGCGACCUGGCCAUCUAAACCAUGCUUCAUCUUUCGUCACCCAAAACACCCCGGCGGUUUCUUGACCAUCUACACCCGGCCGCUCUCCUACAACGUAUGGCUCUGCAUCAUAGCACUCUUGGUGUUUGCUGGCUCGCUCUUGUGCAUGCUGAUAAAGCUGAGAGUGACAAGGACGGCAGGAGAUGAUGAUGACCUAUCGACGAGUCUGGCGCUGCUGUCGAUUUGGAGUGCGGUGUGUCAACAGGGUACGACCGUAAACGUUCGCGCGAGCUCCGUACGCCUCGUGCUGUUCUCCUCUUUCCUGUUCUCGCUGUUCGUGUACCAGUACUACAACGCGCUGGUGGUGUCAACCCUGCUGCGGGCGCCGCCUGUCACCAUCCGCUCGCUGGAGGACCUGCUAGGGAGUAAACUGAAGGCGGGCGUUGAGGAUGUGCUGUAUAACAAGGAUUAUUUCAGGCGUACCACCGACUCUAUAGCAUUGAAGCUCUACUCCCGCAAGAUCGCCUCCUCCCCUCACCCCAAUUUCCUCCCCCCUGACCGCGGCAUGGCAUUGGUAAAGCAGGGGGGCUACGCGUACCAUGCUGACACCGCCUUCUCUUACCCCAUCAUCAGGCGGACGUUCACCGAACGGGAGAUCUGCGAGCUGCAGGAGGUGGAGCUGUUCCCGCCGCAGACCAUGUUUGCUGUCAUGAAGAAGGGCUCGCCGUAUAUCAAGCAUUUUAGCUAUGGGAUCCGCAAGAUGGCCGAAUCUGGUCUGACGCAGCGGCUAAAAACCAUCUGGGACGAGCCGAAGCCGCUCUGCGUACGCACUCCCGACUCCAGCAUAUUCAACGUGACGCUUCGUGAAUUCACGACGCCUUUGCUGCUGCUGUUUCUGGGCGUGCUCGCGGCGACCAUAGUGUUCAUGGCCGAGCUCGUGGUCUAUAGGCUGCAGUGGAAGAGUAUACAGAUUAGACACUGAGCGCGGCUUUUCAUUAUAUUUCGCUGAUAUAGGAUAUAGACAGUAUGACAUUUAAACUUAGUAAAAUAUGGGUACUCGCACAGUGGCAUUGACCACCAGCUUUAUCAGCUGGACAGCAUAUCUGCGAUAGACAUGGAACUGGACCUGGCAUGAUAAGGUGGGGGGAAGUGACCGAACAGGAUAGUCUUAUGUAUCUUACGGUAGGAGUAAGUAUUAGCAGCGAAAGAGCUAUUAUUGUUUGUCCUUGUCAGUCUCACAUUUUAUUUGUUCCCCACUAAAUUUAGUACGGAUUAUGGUGGGCAACAAAUAAAUUCGACCAAUCAUAGUCUCGCAUUGCGUAUGUUUUGGAUCCUAUAGGAUCCUACCUUCUAUGAAACAUGCGGAUCAAAAAUACUCGUAGCAGCGCGCUGCGCAUGAGUUAAGAGCUACAUGAUAGCAGAUAUUUUUAGUACCACUUGCACCAUCCCACUAACCCGAGGUUAAGCCGUUAAACUCAGUGUCAAUUUGUACUGGUAACCAUGGUAACUCCAAGUUUAAUCGGUUAACCCCGGGGGAUAGUGAAUGGUGCAUGUGGCCCUUUAGAUGUUAUAGUAGACAAAAUGAAAUAAAGCACAAUAUCGUCUU